CAGAGUUUUGACCUUCGGCCUUGUUUAACUUUAGUUCUAAGAUCAUCGUGGUCAAUGUCGAUCCAUAGAAAGCAUUUGGCGAAAUAUGACGAUCCUAUCAGAAGGCAAGGUGACAAUGAACUUUGAAGUUGAUUUUGACAGCAGUGGAAGUGACUCUUCGUCUUUGUACAAUUCUGACUCUGGAGUCAGUGUAGAGACGCCGGCCUCAUGUAACACAUUGGCGGCUUUCAAUUUCGGACGUCCAGAUGAUGCUGAAUAUCUAUACUGUGAUCUACUUUCCUUCUAUGAAACACAUUCCGUGACAGUGAUACAGGCAGUACAGUGUCUUUCUAAUGUGAAUAUUGAUAUCAGUCUUAACGCAUGUACUUAUUUAUUCAAUUUAUGCAGAUGUGGAUAUGCGUCAUUUAUCGCCCGUAUAUGUCCAGAUGUUUUCUACAGUGUAAAGAUACCUAUAUUUUGCCCCUCCGCUAGCAAGUACGUAGACGUAAUUCAUUGCAUGAGCGGCAUUAUAAACUAUUUUUCACAGUGCCCAGAUGGACUGGCUAUAGUAGUGCACAAUGGAGGGCUUGAUGUCAUUAGUGGGCUUCUGCUUUUCCCUUUUGAAUCUGUUUUAUACUUCUGUGUGACUGCCCUACAUAACAUAUUGUUAAGUCACAAAACAGCUAAAGGUUUCAUUAAUCGAACAUGCAUCUCUAAUCGUCUAAUAAAUCUUCUAAAUUAUUCUAUUGAACACGUAAAAUCAGAUACACCGUAUUCAUUAACAUCACCAAACUUACAGAAGAGUAUCAAUCCAAAGUUCUUAGCAGUUCUCUGUGAUUGUUUGUAUAUAUUAGCAUACAGGUCUGAAAGUACGAAAAAAACGUUUAAGGAACAAGGCGGACUAUCUUCCCUUUUAAGAGUUAUCAUGAUUUCAACUUACGAAAAAGUUUUAUGGACAGCUACCAGACUUCUUCGAGUUUUAUCUGCCUGGAUUCCCGUUAAAUAUGAAAUAGUUGCUCAAGAUCCACUUUUGGAUUUCUUUAAUCAUUGUUUAGAAUGUCACUCAUCGCGAGUAAUAACAAAUGCCCUAUGGACUAUGCGAAAUCUUUCAGAUAUUGCCGUAGAUAAUAUAACAUCGGAUGUCUCCGUUAAUGUAGUAAAACAGCUUCUUUCUCAAUUGAGACUCAACAUAUGUAGUGAUAGCUAUGGAGCUCACUAUUCAACCAAUACUGGAGGUGAUACUCCUGUGUCCCGGUGUGUUCUAGGAGCACUAGCAAAUUUAACAUGUAGAAAUAAUGCUGCGAAGUCCUACGUUGUUCGGCAUAAUGGAAUUGAUUUAAUCUUACAAAUAUUAUAUAGUGAAAUAAGUGGACAAAAAAAUUAUUAUCAUACAUUUUGUGAUAAUCUUAAUCAAUCCAUGUUAAAUAUGUCUAUCCAAUGUAAUCAUGAUGAAGAUGAUCAUUCCAAUACAAUUAAAAAGAGUUUUAAUAAAUUACAUAAUAAUGAUCAUUAUGUAACAGAAUAUCCAACCAUAGCAACCACAACCACCACCUCCACCACCCCAACAACAACAGAAUCAUCAAUAAACAGUAAUCAAGUCAAUCAUUCAUCAUCAUCCCCAUCCCCACCAUCAUCAUCAUCCUCAUCACCCUCAUUAUUAUUAUCUUUUAAUAAUUCAAUAACAAUAAAAAAUUAUUUAAUAAAACAAAAAAAUUUAUUAAACUUAUCCAUAUUUAAUUCUACAUUAGAUUUAAUUGAAGCUGGUCUACGUUGUUUAUCUCAUUUAACUAUAGGACAUAUGGAAUUAAUAAAUGUUUAUCAUUAUUUUAUACAUCAACGUAUUGCAUUCAAAUUAAUUAUAUCAAUAGGGAAUAUAUAUUUACCAUCAUUAUUAUCAUUUCCAUUUGAUCAAUAUAUAAAUUUAUGUAAAAAUAAAGAUACUACUAAUAAUACAAUUUAUAAUAUUACUACCACUAGUAGUACUACUACUGCUACUACCACUAAUGGCACUACUACUACUGCUACUACCACUAAUGGCACUACUACUGCUGCUACUACCACUAAUGGCACUACUACUGCUGCUACUACUACUAAUUGGGAAUUUGAUUGUUUAACACAAAUAUUACAAUUAACUAAAACAUGGACUAUAUUAGUAAGAAAUUUAUGUAUAAAUUAUUAUAGUACUGAAUUUAAAUCAAAUACAAAAUUAAUAACUAAUAAUAAUAAUAAUAAUCAUUUAUGGCCAAAACAUUUACGUUCACAAUUACGUCAUGGAAUACAUAAAUUAGUACAACAUUUAAGGCAUUUAAUCAAUUCGAUUCCUCGAGAUUUACAACCAAAAGAACUUAAAUCUACUAUGGAAUUUGUUCAUCAUGUAUCAAUGACAUUAUUCUCAUUGAAUAAUAACAACAUCAACAACAACAAUAAUAGUAAUCAUAACAAUAAUACCAAUACUGAAUAUGAAAGUCAAUAAACAGUGGGAUUUCUUUAACAUCAGUAAACAAAGAAACAAACAAUUUCAUGGAAUAAUUUAUACUACUAUGAUUAACUGGUCAUUUCAGUAGUGCAUGAUUCCAUGUUUUGUUUUUGGUGGGGGUUUUGUUGUUUUAAAGCCAAAAAAAAAAUUCAUUUAUUUUUCAUGUUUUUUUUAUUGUUGUUACUUUGAUAUUCUCAUUCAUCAUGACUAUCAUCAUCUACCUCAUACUACUUAAAUGAUGUUCUUUCUAUGUAUUAUUGAUAUUAUACAUCUAUAUAUCUAUAUGGUGUUACUCAUUUCAUUCCUUCUACUGUUAUAUCUCUAUAUAUACCAGUGUAUUGUAUCUAGAUAGGUAUGAACAAAAUGUAUUAUUAUUAUUCAAUUAGACCCCCCCCCACCGACAUACAUGAUCUACCUCAAUAUUAUUGAUGAAACAUUAUUAUCAUAAGAAUUGUUCAUAUUUAUCUAUCUAUCUAUAUACAGUUUCCUUGAUAACUUAUUUCAUCCAUUGGUUGUUACCUAGUCUUCAUGACCUUAUUCCAAUGGUUUUUUUUAUCAUAUCGAUCUUCUGUAUUUUUUUUUUCUUUCUUCUCGUUGUUGUUGUCGUGGUCGUCGUUUUUCUCUUCAAUUCUGAAUAUCAUCAAUCCUAUCUAUUCUUCUUAGAGUUUUAUUUCAAUAAUUUACCUCUUUUAUUUUUUUUGUCUCUCUAAUGAUUGUUCCCUAGUCUUUGUGACCUUAUUCUAAUGUUUCUUUUAUCGUAUCGAUCUUCUGUUUUUUUUUCUUCCUUGUUGUUGUUGUUGUCGUCGUCGUUUUCUUUUCAAUUCUGAAUAUCAUCAGUCUUAUCUGUUCUUCUUAGAGAUUUGUUUCAAUGAUUUACUUCGUUUUGUUUUAUUUUAUCUCUUACCAUACAAAUUAUUAUAUUUGAUAACAUUCUUUUCCCUUCUCUUCUAUGUUUACUUAUUACUACUUAUUAAUCUACUUACAAAAUAUUCUAUGUGUAUAUAUAUAUAUGAAUGUAGAUGUUUAUUAAGUGUUUACAAGAUCGAUAUGUUUUCUUUUUUUGUGUUUUUUUAAUGGUUUUCAAUUUUUUUUGUUUUUCGUUUUUUUUUUAGUCACUAUCCAUCCUCCACCUCCUCUUUCUCAUCAUCAUCAUCAUUAUUAUUAUUGCUUUAUUCUAAUCAAUCUCUAAGGAUAAUACUGCUGCUGCUACUACUCUUAAAGUCACUAUCAUUUCAUAAUUUUUUCCUUUUGAAUCUUUACAAUGUUACUCAUCUUUAUUAAUCAUAUACAUAUUUCAUUAUUCUCUUGCUCUCCCUCUCCGUCUCCCUUGGGAGUUUAUACAUCUACAUGUAUUAAGCCAUAAUUCAAGAAGACGAAGAAGAAGAAGAAGAAAGUGGUUGUAUACUUCUUUAUUGUUCAUCAUUAAUCUCUAUACUCUUUCUAUUUCCAAAUGAAUUUAGUCUAUCUAUCUUUGUUAUCUCAUUAAAGACAUAUAUGUGUAUACAUGUGUGUUCUCAUUUACAAAGCUUGAAUAAACCAUUAUGUAUUCUUGUGUGUGUGUGUGUGUGUGUGUGUAGAAUAACCUUUAUACUCUUUCCUUUUCUCAUCAUCUUCCUUAAGUCUUUACAUUUUUUCUAAGAGUAAAAAUUGAUCAGUUCCACUUUUUUUUUGGAAAUACAUAUAUUUUACUCAUCUUUCGACGGUCCAGUAUGUGCAUAAUCAAUAUACACAGGAUAUACUACUGGAACUCAUCUGUACACACACACACACACAAAUAUAUAUAUAUAUAUAUUGUUGAUAUAGUUAUGUUCUUGAGAUGGUGGAGAAGAUUUGUAGCUCAAGUAGGUGAUUUUGAUGUAGGUUUGUUCUCUAAGCUGGAUUGUUUGAUCGUGGAGCUUUCAUCGUCCUUCUGAACGACAUCAUCAUCAGCACAAACUUAGAGUAGAAGUGAAGUGUGUACAGGACAAGCUGUGAAUCACAUGUGAAGAAAUUCAAACACUUCACUUCUACCCGAAGUUUGUGCUGCUGCUGAUGAUGUCGUUCAGAAGGACAAUGAAAGCUUCACGAUCAAACCCAUCCAGCUCAGAGAACAAACCUACAUUAAAAUAGUUGUGUUCUCUUAUAAUUAAAUUUUAAAACAUGUUUCCAUGUUGUUGUUUUAAUGAUUUAAACUGAUGAGGUUUACCUUUUCAACCAAAAAUAUGUUAAAACACAUUAGGUUAAAUAAUGUCAUUAACGAAAGGAAUUCUCAUAUCAGGGUUCAUGCUUAUGUUUUAUUCAAUCAUAAGUAGUAUCUGUAACUACAAUCAUAAUGUACUUGUGAAUCAAAUAAAAGCUUAUGAUAAAAAUGAGUAUAUAUAAUAGUCUAUGAAUAUUAUCAGAAGGGGGUUUCGUGGA